CACGACAUACUUUGAUAAGCACGAUUAUUAAUACAUUUAUCUUAUUUUAUGCUGUUCCAGUUCCUUUUUUGUAAGAUCUGUAAAGAGUAAAGAAAUAAUUAUGUUCGGAUAUUUGUUUCUGGUAGCCUCUGGGGUUGCAGUCGCAAGCGGCCAAUUUUUGAACUGCAACUGGGUCAACAAACUUGACUGUGUGACCUAUGCAGCUGGAGUGAUAUGUGCAAGUAAUGGUCAAGAUUAUUCCAAUCGUUGCUACUUAGCUAAAGCUCAAUGCGCAGACAGUACAUUGCGAACAGUGAGUGAAGGGACAUGUGCAUCUAGUGGCAUUACCAAACCUCCAAGUAAUGCACCUAUUGUUACUUCCGGCGCCGUUGUCACUGCCGGGGCAACGAAACCAGCAGGUCCGACAACAACCCGAGAACCAGUGUUUGUUAAUCACAACCAGCUUUUAGACUUCUUCUGCCUGGAACUGAUGCACGAGACAUGUCCGACAGAUACUGAAAAAGUCUGUGGAACCGACGGGGUUACUUACGCAAACUUCUGUGAAUACGAAAAACAAAGAUGUGGACAUCGUGAUCUACAAGUGAAAAACUUUGGUGAUUGUUGAAAUGUUUUCUUGAAUAAAUAAAUGACUAUUAAACUA